AUGGCUCGCACGAUCGCACGCCGACCGUCGCAGGACGACGACGAAUACCCACAGCAAGCCGCAAGGAACCAGACUCGCACACUACUCAAGCCACCUGUAAAGUUUCGCAUGAAGAAAAACGCAGCUGCAGCAGAACGCAAGCGACUCGACGCUGCGUUUGGCCUGGGACCUCGACCGAAGACGAAGCGUGUUGCGAAGGACAUUCUUUCAACCCCGACAGUCUUCACAGACCUCCAAGCAGUCUAUGAGAAGAACAGCACCCAAUCCCGCCUCCUCAAGCUCCCUUCCGAGAUUCGCAACCAUAUCUUCCAACUCGUGUUCGGCUCUAACACCAUCCACGUCUACAGCAAGAACAAGUCAUCACUGAAACUCUCUUCCUCCCGUCAACUCAUUCGUGCAAUUUGCGCCAACGAGUCAACCGAGGACGAAGAUGCCGAAGCGAUCGGAUCCUCGCACGAGACCCAGGAACAACUCGGAUAUCACGAGCGCCACUCAAAGUGCAAGCACUACAUGCACGCUACCGGCUGCAAAUCCAAAAACACCAUGAACCUCCAGCUCCUCGGCGUCUGUCGCCAAAUCCACGAGGAAGUUGCCCUUAUGCCCUAUGAGCAGUCUACCUUCUCUUUCGCCUGGAUUCUGGAUCUCGAGGCGUUCCUGGAACACCUUAUCCCUACCCAACUCUCCGCAGUCCAGAAGCUCACCUUCAUUUAG